CCAUUGGCCGCUCACUGGACAGUUAUCCAACUGCUGUUGCACCUGCUUUCACCAUUGCCAUUGACCACGAAGCUGUAUAGUUUAUCUGAAUUCACAGUGGAUGCGAAUCAAAAAUGCCUUAGUUUCUGCCAGCAUUGAUGAUUGUGGGUCACCCAUCACCAUCAGAUAAGGUGGAUCACUGCUAUCUCCUUUUCGCUGAUGGACAGACGCCGCUCGGUCCCUGCUGAUUCUAACUGUGGUGAAGAAGGGCGAUCCCUAGAUCGAGAAUUGCGCAGGAGCCUACACUAGGACCAUGAAAACUGGUGAUGUGAACGUGCUAAAAUGAUGGAACACGCUAGCCUUUCUGGUAAUACCAAAAUAUUUUUCCAGCUUAUCCGAGCCACCGAAGGUUUCCGGUCUCGUGUAAGCAAAAGGAUCUGCGAAAAGGAUAGCCCACUAAUCACCAAACUUCAGCGACGGUUGGAACGGGGGAUGAAUACUUUGGCUCGCAGUUUCGCGGGCCACCAAUUCCAUUUGCUAUCCCUGGAGCGCUCAGUGGUGCUGAAUGGUCUGUCCUCAGACAGCCUCCUACUCACCAGUAAAUCUGUCAGGAACUCAAUGGAACAAUGGUAUAUAACGGGCAAAAACGCGAAAGCUUAACAAGUCCCG